AUGCUAGUAUAUAUAUAUAUACUAAAAAUUUCCUGUUCAUGCAUAAUAAUAGUAUCAUCCAAGGUGAGAGAGAAAGAGAAAGAGAGAGAGAGAGAGAAAGAGGUAAAGAAAAAGAUGGGGCGUAACUGGGGCAUGCCAUGGAGUCCAAAGAAGGAAGAGCAAGAGGUUCCUGACCCAGACAUUAUUACAUGUAGCAGUGUCGUCUCUGAUAAUCACUGCCACCGUGAAAGCAACCACACGGUGGACCUUCAUCAUCCCAACAAAGACUACUUUUCAUCAUUUAUGGAUGACAUGGAGUUGGACGACGACGGCAGCCUCUUCGCCAUCCCAGCCGACGCCGGAGAUAAAGACGAUAUUAAAAACUCGCAAGCGGUGGAGGCCGGCAAACCAGUAGUAGAUCCGCCGGCGGCGGGUCAUCGUACUGGUAGCGGUGCAUAUUGGGAUUUUGAGUUCACGAGCUCCGACCAUGACGGCGGCCUGUCGUCUGUUAAUGAAGAUUCCGGCGAUCAAAAACCCAUUCUUUCCCAACAACAAGAACAAGAUAACGAUGACGAUGAAUAUCACCAGGAGAUGAAGAUGGAGGCAUCCUUAAAUUUGAGCUUGAAUUAUCAACACGUCCUCGAUGCAUGGUCCGACCGUCGCACUCUCUGGGCACGCGAUAAGACUGCAUUUUCAUUACCCAAUAAUCCCAACAACCAUUCUUAUAUGGGAGAGGUGCCUGUGAUGGAUAAUGAAGAGAGAUCCACAAGAAGGGAAGCUAGUGUGAUGAGGUACAAAGAAAAACGCCAAACUAGACUUUUCUCCAAGAAGAUUAGAUACCAAGUCCGCAAGCUUAAUGCAGAAAAAAGACCUAGACUCAAGGGUCGAUUUGUAAGGAAGGCUUCUGACAGACAGACAGAUAAUUGAAUUUGGCAUUUAAUUUUCAAUUUUUUUUUUUGGAUUGGAUGUACUAGAAAAUAUUGUGGACAGGUAUAUAAAAUAUCUGGAUCAAAAUAUCUUCUUCACCCAACAGUGGUAUCGACCUUUUUGGUGCACAUGAUUUGCUUUUGUCUGUGAUGAAUGAAAAUAUCUUACGUUAUUGGAGCUGACAAUAUUGUUUGUAUAGUAGCGGUGACUUGCGUAGACAUAUAUGGAUCGGAUCUGAUAGAUACCAACUUUAUUGCUUUCACAAAAGUGUGUAACAAUGCUUUUUUUUUUUU